AUGAAAUUGCAGCUGGAUCAAGCAGCAGAAUUUAAAAUUAAAAUUAUGGAAUCUCAAUCAGCAUUAAAAAAAGAAUUAGAAAAAGUUAAAAUGGAGAAACAAGAUGCAUUAGAAGAAAAAGACGAGUAUAAUGAAAUGGCGGAGACUUUAGAAAUGGCUGAAUUGAAUCCAGAAACACUUCAAUUAGAAUUAUACCAAGCAAAAGAGCGUAUUGAGGAAUUAACAGUAGAUUUAGAACUCUUAAAGGCUGAGUUUGAGAAAGGAAAUGUAAGUGAAGAGGGAGAAGAUGGUGCCAAUUCUUUUAAAGUCAAGCAACUUGAACAACGAAAUGUACGUCUUAGAGAUACACUAUUCAAAUUACGAGACUUAUCUGCCCACGAGAAACACCAAACACAAAACUUACAAAGAGAAAUCGAAGAAAUGACCAAACAAUGUAAUGAUUUACAAAAGUCUAAUGAAGAACUAGCAUCUCAAGUUAAUGAUUUGCAUGAACAGGUUGAUGCAGCUUUAGGAGCAGAGGAAUUAGUUGAGCUUCUGGGUUAA